AUGCACAACCAACAACCUAAGUCCAUGGAGGGCGAGCUUGCCACUGAUUCUUUGCCUGUUGUUAUUGGUAACAAUGGUCAUAAAGAUAUCAACAUCCAACAUGGUAAGGGUGACUUAUCAACGUAUAGUAAGUUUUUGGCUAUAUAUUCAAGGUGCCCAGAAACGUAUACACUUUAUGAGGCUCAAGAUAAACAAUCUGCACAAUUUAGUUCUAAUUGGGAUGAAUUUGUUACCAUUUUGAAGAAUUCAAAAGGUUUUAAAAAUGCAAAUGGAAUAAUGGAAUACAUGAUUCCAGCAACAACCGCUGAGAAGUUUGCUGGGCUAAGUAAUAUAGCUGUGAAAGUUUCUGAGUAUGAGAAGGAAGGCGAAGACCAAAUUCGUGGUGUUAUUACAACCAUUGAGCAUGAAAAUUAUUUCAAUGAUUGGUUUAUCUGGCAUAUUUUGGACCAGUCACGGUUGAACAACAACUCUGCUCCAAAACUAUUAAAAUCGGAAGAAGAUAAGGAUUAUGGUAAACUAUUCACAGAGUUUUUUGCUGAUGAGAUGAAGAAUACCAUCAAGGACGAUGAAUGGCUUACUGGAGGAGGUUACGAACAUUUUUUGGAAAAGGUCAGGUAUUUUACCGAUAGAAACUUGAAAAUUGAAUGUGUAUUACCAGCUUUCCCCUGUAAAUCAUCUAAUUUACAGAAGGUACAUGGCCGUACUCCAGACAAGGGUGAGGAGUUUGCUUUGAGAAGAUUAGUUAAAUUUACUGAAGAUGUGAGCGCUUUUUACCCACCAGGUGUUAAGGUUUGGAUUGUCAGUGACGGACACGUAUUCAGUGACUGUAUUGGCGUUGACGAUGACGUUGUCGACAACUAUACUGCUUCCUUGCACAAGCUAUACAAGAACAUUGCAAAGCCAGGCUCGGAUUCAAUUGGCUUCUGUGGAUUGAAAGAUGUCUUUUUCUCAGGGAACGCAGCAGGAAGCUUUAAUGUUUCGUCGAUUCCUGACAUUGAAUUAGAUCAUCACUGCGGUACUAAGAUAUGUCCAGACUCAGAACUUUCCAGGAAAAUUUUAAUGAAGGGUUGUGACACUGACGACGGUAGAUUAAGAAAGCAAAUUGAAAUCCCAAAUCAUCCAAGAUUACACUUAUAUAGAGGGUUUUCUAGAUUCAUGGUCGAGGAUUUAUGUUUGUUGCCAUUUUUUGAAAAUGUUUCCAGAAAGUAUUUCAAGAAGACAGUUUGUAAGGUCGCUUUCGAGAUGAUUAAACGUAAUGACGCUUAUUCUAACUUAGUCGAGUUAGUUUUCCCUCAUCAUUUAAGAUUGUCAAUUCAUGCACACACAAACAGUGGUCCAAAGUUUGGUAUUAAAGUUAUAUCACCAGAACAAUGCAGAACGGUAAAAUCGUUGGAUUCUGAGGAAGAACCCACUUUUGAAGACUUGUUACAUAUUCCCACCCCAUGGCACAACUGUGUAGUUAACAUCGGAAGUGAUUACUAUUUGGCCAAAAAUAGGGUUGUCACGGAUGCUAUUGAAAACGGCAGCUAUGAAGGCAAGUGGGUUGAAACUGACAUCGAGCAUGGCCAAGGUGGUUACUGGGUUAUAAACAAGGUGUGA